UGAAAUAUUGGCCAAUCACUGGACUUUAUUUAACAAAAGGCGAGCACGGAGGCUUAUAAAGUGGUUGUCUUUCCGAGAAACUCGACUUGUUUACUUGCCAACAGACGUUAUUGUGAAUAUAUCAAACUCUUCUAACUUGUAAAGAUAGUUACCGAACUAAGAAAAUGGCUUCUUACAUGGAUGAACCGAGUACGAAGAAGCAGCGUUUGAAUCCAGAAGAGUCACAGCUCGAAGGUCAGUCACACUCCAGAAAUAUUACGCUAGACAUGGCAAAAUAUGACGAGUGGGUUCGUAAACUAUCAGAUGAAGAACUUGUCAACAUAUUUGAGCUGGGAGUCGCAGUGAAAGAAUCCGUUACCCUCACAGUGGAUGUUAAUCAAAAGUUUAUGAAGGAGACGCUGUCUUCUCAGAUGGAACCGAUCCAACAACGCGUUUCCGACAUCGAGAAAGAAAUAAAGGCCCAGGUGGAAACUGUGAAAGAUAACGUCAGCAAAGAUGUGAAAGCACUGACAGGCGAUUUGAAAACGGAUAUACAGAAUGCACUCGCUCCGAAGAUAAAAGAAAUUACAGGUACAAUGAACAACGUUGAAAAGAAUGUAAAUGAUCAAGUGCUGAAGGUGCAAAAGGAAUUAACAACUAAAGUCUGUGAAGGCAUUGAGGGAAUGACGAGCAAUGUGCUUAGUUUCAAAACCGACUUAAGCAAAGGCAUUGAGAAAAUCGGAGGAACAUUAAAGACAGACGUAGACGAGAUUGCCGCAAGAGUUCCUGCACUCAACACAUUAGAAACGAGGAUCAAGGAUUCUGAAACCCGUAUCACUAAAUCAUUGGAAAAGCAUGGAGAAAAACUGGAUUUGAUAUCAACCGCUUUACAAAAUCCACAGAAGAAAGGAGCUCGGGCUGAGAAAGACGUACUUGAGAUUCUCAACCAAAACCUUCGCAGAAGUAACUUCACCUUCAGAGACGUUACCCGUGAGAAGGGGAAAGGAGAUAUAGAGGCAGAUACCCCUGAUGGUCACAAAAUCAUGAUUGAAAUAAAGAGCUGGGAGAAUACUGUGAGUAAAGAUGCGAUUGAAACGUUUGAGGGAAACCUUGCGAGGCUUCCUCAUUUUAGAGUUGGCAUCUUACUUUCGAUGAAGAGUGGCAUCGCCAACCGAUCUAAAAGAAGUGAAUUUGAAGUUUUGUUUAAUGAUGAUCGAAAGCAAUACAUGAUCUACGUUCCAAAUGCCCUUUACGAGGAGUAUGUGAUUGUGUGGAGUGUCUUGAUGGCCAGUCAAUUGGCAAACAUGCAGGUUGGGGAGCUUGGAGAAAAGAAGACCCAAGGCCUGCGGAAGUUCUACGAGGAGUUUCAAAAAAAUGCACAGUACAGUAAGAAAAGCAGAGCAGACCUUCAGGCUCUAAGGGUGUUAGUACAGCAGCUAGAAGGAAACGUCGUUCCCAUCCUCGAUACUGUCGACAAAGCGACAAAAGAUCUCAACAAACUGUUAAAUUGAAAUCAAAAGCGUAUUUUCGAAUUUAGACACUGUCAAUUAGAGAACUGACUGCGAAUCAUCGUAAUAUCUUAUUUUUUUUAUAAAAUCUUUCAUAAUAUCUAAAACUUCAGCUAAAAAGAUUACUCAGGCAACAAAAGUUAUUAUCUCAGCUUAAUUUAAGAAGUUUCAAGAUCUUUACUAGCAUCAAGACUUACUAGGUGUUCUGGUCCUUCGAACCCUGUUCCAUUGGCUUGCUCCCCACAACAAACGAGACGUAUGUCUUCAUCAUUAGUGUAACCAGAUUUAUUCAAAGCAAAAUUUCGUGGUGAAACGAGAAAGCGUUUUCACCUGCGAGCACACAAUUACAAUCCCCGACAAUAGCAUGGAAAAUCAACACCCUAAUACCUUGCGAUGAAAUACAAUGCUUAACUGUGUUUGUGACGCUAGACGCGUGACACGUGUGACAGAACAAUAAGGUCGAGAGACAUAGCGGCUUACAUAUUUCUGGUGGAUGAUCAUUGCUCUGGGAGUUAUUUAACGCGGAAGAGGCAUUUAAUCACGAUUAUCAGGGCAGCCGGAGUGCAGAGUCAUUACUUCGUCUCCUCAACCCUGAAAGCUCUGUUGCACCAUUCACAACACUAUUUCGGUCGAGUAAUUUCUGUGACAUUGAACACCAAACUUCUGUAAUACCGUUAACAGGAAGAUUAAUUAGAAAUUGGGCGUGUAAGGAAAUCAGAAGAGGCCAUACAAUCCGUUGAAUAUGAAAAAGCCUGCCACUGCACUUUUUAGUUUACAGUUUGAGUGAUUUAUCUAUUAUCAAUACUUGUGUUUCGGCAGUGUACCAGACGCUGCUGUUAGUGAACACAUUCAACGGUAUUCAGUGGGGCUGAAGCGAAGAGCUGUUUUAAUUUUGUGUUGUCGUUUACUAGGGCCACAAGGUAAAUUUGACUAUAUUUGUUUGCCACCCACGCUUUUACUAGUGUAGUGUUUUUCUUCUGUCUCUUAGCCUUCCGCAAAGAAGGGACAGAGCGGUCCGCGAUUUCAAAUAAGUUGUUUACUGUACAACUUGUUCUUUCA